AUGUCUUCCACAUACUUGUUAGUGUUGUUGCUUGGAGUGGUGGUUCUCACCACUUCUUCACUCGCUGAUUACCCCAAGCGCCCCCCAGUUGAGAAGCCACCGACUGAGCACAAACCACCAACACCAAUUGGUAAACCUCCCGGCGUAGUGAAACCACCCCCAAAACACAGGCCACCCCCAGGACACGGGCCACCAACGUCAGUUGGCAAACCUCCCGAAGAAGAGGAGCCACUCUCAGGACACAAGCCACCAACCCCAGUUGGCAAACCACCUAAGGGUCAUAAGCCUGGCCAUCCUCCUGUAGAGAAUGCUGAAGAAGACUCACACAAGAUGCCUCCAAAGAUGAUGCCUCCAAAGAUAAAGCCUCCUCCAACGAAGAAGCCACCACACAAACCUCCAUCUCCAGGCUACCCCAACUGA